CAACCACAACACCUUUACAAAGAAGUUAACCAAAGCCCAACUACCCCUUUAACACUUUAAUUCAAUUAUUACUUCUCCAAUACUAUUCGCUUUCUAUAAAGUAUAAACAUCCUUUCAAUUACCAUAUACUACAUCCUUUCUUAAUCAAACUACGCAUCUCACCUACUUAUUCAAAAUGUCAACACAAAAGGAGAUGAAAGUUGUCAAUACUAGUGCGCCAAAUAAGCGCAUCGUGGGACUUGGUACGGACUCUGUUGUGUCUAAACAAACUUCGGUCGCGGUGGCGGCUAAGGCAGCCUUUGAAUCGACACACCCAUCUAACCUCCUGGCUCCCAAGCCUCCAAAAAGACACUUCCGAAAGAAGUUCCCGAAAAAGAAGGACUCGGAGGGGUUCCCCAGGGAUGGGGCUCAGACGAUGAAAUAUCCAUCCCUGGAGACCUGCGGUACAAACACCGGAUGUGGUGGGGCAACAGUCGAGCCCGUCGAUGCUGCUCCUGCUGCUGCGACCUUCAUUGUAUCCCAAGGUGUGGUGCCUGGUGUCGUUCCCCAUACUACUCCAGAUGUGAUGCCUGUAAGCCCUGAUGACAAAAUAGCUCACAAGACCAAUGACGUGUCUCAGAAGCUUGUCUUGGAGAAGUUCGACAGGCCUGAUCUUAAUGUCGACAAGGAGGAGUUCCGGAACGACAUGAAGAAGUACGGCUUUAAGGGUCUGGCAGCUUCACGAUGGGCUUAAACUACUCUUUUAUCAGAGCAAGUUAAUUCACCCAUACAUACAGCUUGAUGUAUUUUUCUUGCUCAGAUCACAACCCGUGAAGCCUUUUUUGCGACUUGCAAAUCGCCUGGUGAAUAUUUUUCAAGUGAAUUACUCAUCGAUUUCAUGGGGAGGGCGAGUGCGCUACUACGACAUGGUUUGCGCUGGUCCGCACGACUCACUUACAGAUUCGCUUAGUUGUCACAACAAGAUAACU